AUGGUGCUACUCAAAGACAUCCUCAAUCAAGACAGCCAAGCAAACGUGGACGAAAAGUCAUCGGAUGGUUGUUCUGAACGGCAAUUGGAUGCCCCGCACUCGGAUGCUUCCAUCGAUAGAAAGAAGAGCGAUAACUCUUUACCGUCACCAACGCUGAGUGCCUCCUCUCACAUGAACAGCAAUGGAAAUGUCGACAAUGAUGGCUGCUACCUGACAGCCACUAGGAGGUCGAGCUACGACAGCUCGACUGGCGGCCACGCAGGCACGCCGCAGAGCGAACUGUCGUCGGGAUCCGAGGAAGAACAUCAAAUGUGCCGCUGGGACGGCUGCGGCAAGGUCUUCAGCCAGGCAGAGCUUCUAUAUCAUCACCUGUGCAAGGAUCACGUGGGAAGGAAGUCGCAGAAGAACCUACAGCUUAACUGCAAAUGGGGCGAUUGCCAGGCCAAGACGGAGAAGAGGGACCAUAUAACGUCGCACUUGAGGGUCCACAUUGCAUUGAAACCUUUCAAAUGUACCACAUGCGACAAGAACUUCAAGAGACCGCAGGAUCUCAAGAAACACUUGAAAACGCACAUAGAAUCGCAUAUCAUCUUUAAGAAGAAGAGAGGGCCCAAGAUCGGUGCCAAACGCGUGACCAAGAAAGAAACUGACAGGAGGGACCCUGCAAAGAGCGACAGCGCGAGUUCUCCGUUGAACUGUUCGUCGUCUCCGUCGGGCCAACUGCCCAUUUCACUGCAGCAGCUGGUGACCAACGAAUUGCCUUCCUAUGAGCCGAUAUACUCGGAGAAACUGGGUGCAAGGCUGAAUGCGGUGCUGCAGCCGAUUGCUGCGGACGACGAUCUGCCCAGAAGCGCGCCCCUGGCGACCGCAAAUGCUGCUCACUUCUUCUCUGCCCUGUCAAGGAACAUGCAGAGCGUUCGGCCCGCGCCUGCUGCCUAUCAGGAAAUACAGAAACCUUUGAUAAACGGCGAGCCAGCCUUAGCUGCAGCUAGCGCAAGCAGAUCAACUGGCACCGGUGCCGGGCUUCUGGCCGGCUCGCUGGGACAAUACCCGGAGAUGCGGCCACUGCCACCCAUAGAGCCGCAGUUCGCACACGACAGAAGUUCAGUGCUGCCAUCGCUGUCGUCGGCUCCUCUGCUGAUGCCAAGACACAAGACGUUCGAGCGGGCACCACACUUCAACACCCCAGCCCAGUACUACAGCUCCGCGCAAAGAAGCUCGGGAAAACGCGAUACAAGCGACGACCAAGGCCUCUCCGACGCCCUAACCUCGCUAGACAUAACCCGAGAGCUCAAUGCGGAGGAGUACGAAGAAACACUGGCCACAGUCAACUUGAUGAGAGACUACCUAGUCUGCCUGCUCCUCGAGGACGAAUACACAGAUGUUGGCGAAUCAGCCGUGACCGCUUCUCCAAGGGUACGCAUUUCAAGAUAUCCGCAGGUCGUCAUCUAG